CGCGGAGGAGGUGCCGGGUCGCCGCUUCCCGCCCCCGAGCCGGAGCCGGAGCCGGAGCCGGGGCCGGUGCUGAACCGAACGGAGCGGAGGUCGAGCGGGCGCCGAGCUCCCGCCAUGGCCCGGAACACGCUGUCCUCGCGCUUCCGCCGAGUGGACAUCGAUGAGUUUGACGAGAACAAAUUCGUGGACGAGCAGGAGGAGGCGGCGGCGGCGGCGGCGGGCGAGCCGGGCCCGGACCCCGGCGAGGUGGACGGACUCCUGCGGCAAGGGGACAUGCUUCGGGCAUUCCAUGCAGCCUUGAGGAACUCUCCAGUCAACACCAAGAAUCAAGCUGUGAAGGAACGAGCCCAAGGCGUGGUGCUGAAAGUGCUCACUAACUUUAAGAGCAGCGAAAUCGAGCAGGCUGUGCAGUCACUGGACAGAAAUGGGGUUGACUUGUUAAUGAAGUACAUUUAUAAAGGGUUCGAGAAGCCCACAGAAAAUAGCAGUGCAGUGUUACUCCAGUGGCAUGAAAAGGCUCACGCUGACAAGUUGGAAGCAUUUAUCUUGUCUCAGGGAAACGGGCUGUGCUGUGUGCUUGGAAGACAGUGGCCACAAGCCAGGCCUUAGCUGUAGGAGGCCUAGGCUCCAUUAUAAGAGUUCUUACAGCAAGAAAGACUGUUUAACAAAAAGACUCAUGUUACCUUGAGAAGAAUUUUGGAUGCCCAGGCUGGUGAAGAAGGGAUUGACAAUGAACUUAUCUUCCUAGGAACUCCCAACUAAAUAUUUCAGGACACAUAUCUGCGGAAAUGUAUUUUAUUUUCAAGGUGGAGGGAAAAGUUGUCUUAUUGUUUCCUAAAUCCUUGCAGGAUCUGAGUCUGCUUUUGUCCACAAAGUAAUGCAGAAGUGCUGUGGGACUGUCUGCAAUGACUGGCCAGCGUCGGUCAGGUGUGCCUGUGUGCACUGCCUGUUUAACAUGGGGAGGGGUGAUUUGGGCAGGUGCAGAUCCAAGGGCUGUGGUGGUGAAAGGAAGCCUGUUGUUUUGUUUUGGUUUUUUUUUUUUUUGAAGUGGAAAAACCCUGAGAGUUGUACAGACAUUCUGUCUUUGCAGAGAAGGUUUCUCUCGGGCUCAUUGUAAAGUGCCUGCUGCAUCAAUAAAGCUCUUGGCUCAUUAGUAUGUA